UGCCGGGGCGGCGCGCUGGGGUCCUCCGGCUCCCCUCGCGGUCUGGGCUGGUCAGAGCUAGGUCUUCGGCCCACUGCUCUGCAUCGCGGGCGCCAGGAAUUUCCCGAGUGCGAGCGGGUUGCUGCAUACUCAUGACCCAGGUGGUAUUUUCAUUCAAGAUAAAGUGUGUCCUGUUGCCUUUAUUGAUUAACUGAACAAAUUCAGAUCUCCAGCAGAAGGAAGUGUUACCACUUUGGCUUCUUUCUGUAGUACUGGGUUCCUUGAGCUCUGUAGCAUUCCAGUGAAUCAGAACCUCUUUGGUUUGUAUGGGAGAGGUAUUCUCUCCUUAAAGGAGAGGUGAUAAUUUUAGUGACCCAGAUUCAAGCAAUAAUAUCUUCCUUUGGAAAUACCAUGUGGUUUUGUCAGUUUACGUUCUAGUGGAAGGAAGGAUUGCAUCAUAAACGAGAUCAGAGAAAAGAUGAGGACUCAUUUUAAAAAAUACAACAAAUUAUCACCUGCCUCCCCUCUACUUCUUACAUAUUCUAGGCAUGUAGAGUCCAUGAAGCACAGGACAAUAAAGCUUCCUACUCAUAGCACCAGGAAGAUCUCUUUGAAAGAUUCACUACAGGACUGCCAGAGACAACGAGUUUGUCUGAAGCAUCAUGUGUUGAAACAACAGAAGGCAACCAUUUUUGCACUAGCUAGAAACAGAGUUAUGAUGUUUUCAAUUCUUUGAGCUCCAGGAGGCCAGGGGAGUGAGUUGAAAAUCUGAAAAUGCGGCCAUGGACUGGUUCCUGGCGUUGGAUUAUGCUCAUUCUUUUUGCCUGGGGGACCUUACUAUUUUAUAUAGGUGGUCACUUGGUACGAGAUAAUGACCACCCUGAUCACUCUAGCCGAGAACUGUCCAAGAUUCUGGCAAAGCUUGAACGCUUAAAACAGCAAAAUGAAGACUUGAGGCGAAUGGCUGAAUCUCUCCGGAUACCAGAAGGUCCCGUUGAUCAGGGGCCAGCUUCAGGAAGGAUUCGUGCUUUAGAAGAACAGCUUUUGAAGGCCAAAGAACAGAUUGAAAAUUAUAAGAAGCAAACUAGAAAUGGUCUGGGGAAAGAUCAUGAAAUCCUAAGGAGGAGGAUUGAAAAUGGAGCUAAAGAGCUCUGGUUUUUUCUACAGAGUGAAUUGAAGAAAUUAAAGAAUUUAGAAGGAAGUGUACUCCAAAGACAUGCAGAUGAAUUUCUGUCAGAUUUGGGACAUCACGAAAGGUCUAUAAUGACGGAUCUAUACUACCUCAGUCAAACAGAUGGAGCUGGUGAUUGGCGGGAAAAAGAGGCCAAAGAUCUGACAGAGCUGGUCCAGCGGAGAAUAACAUAUCUUCAGAAUCCCAAGGAUUGCAGCAAAGCCAAGAAGCUGGUAUGUAAUAUCAACAAAGGCUGUGGCUAUGGCUGUCAACUCCAUCACGUGGUCUACUGCUUCAUGAUUGCAUAUGGUACUCAGCGAACACUCAUCUUGGAAUCUCAGAAUUGGCGCUAUGCUACUGGAGGUUGGGAAACUGUGUUUAGACCUGUAAGUGAGACAUGUACAGACAGAUCUGGCACCUCCACUGGACACUGGUCAGGUGAAGUCAAGGACAAAAAUGUUCAGGUGGUUGAGCUCCCCAUUGUGGACAGUCUCCAUCCUCGUCCACCGUAUUUACCCCUGGCCGUACCAGAAGACCUUGCAGAUCGGCUCGUACGAGUCCAUGGUGAUCCUGCAGUGUGGUGGGUGUCCCAGUUCGUCAAAUACUUGAUCCGCCCACAACCUUGGCUAGAAAAGGAAAUAGAAGAGGCUACCAAGAAGCUUGGCUUCAAACAUCCAGUUAUUGGAGUCCAUGUCAGACGCACAGACAAAGUGGGAACAGAAGCAGCCUUCCAUCCCAUUGAGGAAUACAUGGUACACGUUGAAGAGCAUUUUCAGCUUCUUGCUCGAAGGAUGCAAGUGGAUAAAAGAAGAGUAUAUUUGGCCACGGAUGACCCGUCUUUAUUAAAGGAGGCAAAAACAAAGUACCCCACUUAUGAAUUUAUUAGUGAUAACUCUAUCUCUUGGUCAGCUGGGCUACACAAUCGAUACACAGAAAAUUCACUUCGGGGUGUGAUCCUGGAUAUACACUUUCUCUCCCAGGCAGACUUCCUAGUGUGUACUUUUUCAUCCCAGGUCUGUCGAGUUGCUUACGAAAUCAUGCAAACACUUCAUCCUGAUGCUUCUGCAAACUUCCAUUCUUUGGAUGACAUCUACUAUUUUGGGGGCCAAAAUGCACACAACCAGAUUGCCAUUUACCCUCACCAACCUCGAACAGCAGAUGAAAUCCCCAUGGAACCUGGAGAUAUCAUUGGUGUGGCUGGAAAUCAUUGGGAUGGCUAUUCAAAAGGUGUCAACAGGAAACUGGGAAGGACGGGCCUAUAUCCCUCCUACAAAGUCCGAGAGAAGAUAGAAACAGUCAAGUACCCUACAUAUCCUGAGGCUGAGAAAUAAAACUUUGAUGGAAAAGAGGGACAACUGAACUCAGUUCAAAUCAUUUGAGCCAAACAGUAGAUGAAGACGACCCUGACCUUACAACACAUGGUGAAAUGAGUAAACAACUUCAAGCACCAGGAGCAACUGGAAAUGACAGAUGCUUCACUGGUGGAAUUACUCUUUAACGAGGGCUAUAGCGCCCUUAAACUCAUGCACAGUCCAAUAAUGUACUCACAUAUAACAUACAAACAGGCUGUUUUCUACUGUGCCCCUUCUUUCAAGAUUAUGUCCCCAUGAGACAAACACUGCCACAUUGUGUAAUUUAAGUGACACAGACAUUUUGUGUGAGACUUCAAACAUGGUGCCUAUAUCUGAGAGACCUACGUGACCUAACAAGAAGACCCGAAUAGCUCCCUACUGUGGGGAGGUUGAUUCUUAGCCAGUGGUGCUAUUGUAACCACUGAAUUCACUCUAGUCAGCAGAUUCAGAAUGAGAAUGGAUGUUUUUGUCUGGAUUUUUUUUUUUAAGUAAUUGCAUCAGUUCAUCCACUUCAUCAUUAAUAAAUGAAGGGUACAUCAGAAAAUAAAAUAUUCACCCUCCAUUAGAAACUUUUGUAAAACAAUGCCAUGAACGGAUCUUUAGUACUCAAUGUUUCUGGACAUUCUCUUUGAUAACAAAAAAUAAAUUUUAAAAAGAGGAAUUUUGUAAA